AUGAAAGAAUAUAAUGUAGAUUUAGUAGCCCUCCAAGAAGUAAGAUGGCCAGGUUCGGGACAUCUUAAAUCAGAUAACAUGACAGUUUUUUAUAGUGGAAACGAUAAUGGAAGACACGAGUACGGAGUUGGUUUUAUAGUGAAAGAGUCUUUAAUUUGUAGUAAAGAAAUUCGAAGCAAAACGGCAGACAAUGAUUAUAAAGACUCCUUUUAUGACAACCUAGAAAGGGUAUUCGACUUAAUACCUAGAAACUGCGUAAGAAUUGUAGUUGGGGAUCAAAAUGCCCAAGUUGGACGAGAACAUGUGUUUAGAUAUACUAUAGGAAAGGAAAGUAUGCACAUUGAAAGCAAUGAUAAUGGAUUGAGGUUAAUAAGCUUCGCCUCAACCAAAGGAUUAGUAAUAAAUAGCACCCAAUUCCAACGGAAAGAAAUUUACAAACAAACCUGGGUGUCUCCAGACGGAAAAACUAAAAGCCAAAUUGACCAUAUACUUAUAGAUAAAAGAUAUAGAACUAGUGUUAGACAAAAAAAAUUAAAUAGUAAAACACGCCUGGAAAUAGAGAAAAUUAAAGAUCACGAAAUAGCCAAAACAUACCGACAGAAUCUAAAUAACGAACUUAUUGAAAAAUCUCAUAAUGCAGUACAAAAUAUUGAUGAAAGAUGGAACAUAGUUAAAAACUCGAUUAACAAAUCAUCUGAAAUAUUUAAAAAAGAAAACACAUCCCAUGUUAAAAACUCAUGGUAUAAUGAUCGGUGCAGAGAAGCCAUAGGAAAACGCGCAGAAGCAAGAAUAAAAAUGAUACAAGACCCAUCUCCUAAUAAUACAGAAGAAUUUAUUAAAACCAAAAAAAUAGCAAAUAAAAUAUUGAGACAGGAAAAAAGAGCAGCGGAAAAAGAUCUUAUCCAAAAAAUAGAAGUACAUAGGCUCAACCAAGAUUAUUCUUUAAAAAAUGUAGAUCAAUAA